AUGGUGCCAAAGGCAAAGAAGGAAGCCCCUGCCACUCCCAAAGCCAAAGCAAAGACUGUGAAGGCCAAGAAAGCGGUGCUGAAAAGUGUCCACAGUCACAAAAAAAAAAAAAGAAGAAGAAGAAGAUCCACACAUCACCCAUAUUCCAAUGGCCCAAGACAUUGCAUCUCCAAAGGCAGCCCAAAUGUCCUGGAAAGAGUGCCCCCGGGAGAAACAAGCUUGACCACUAUGCCAUCAUCAUCAUCAAGUUCCCCGACUACCGAGUCAGCCAUGAAGAAAAUAGAAGACAGCAACACACUUGUGUUCAUUGUGGAUAUCAAGGCCAACAAGUACUAG